CAUCAGAAUGCAUCUAACAUAUGGUACUGCAAGUAGGAUAAAUGGUAGUAUUUCUUCUAAGUCGAUUCUUUUAGAUUAAAGAGAAAGUUAAAGAGUGGUAGUAAUCCAACUGGAAAUUUCGGAUACGAAUUUAAGAUCAUGUCGCAUCAAACGGGUAUAAAAGCAAACGAUGCAUUGAAAAAAAUGUUUUCCAAGUGCAGAGAUGGAAAAAUACGUAUAUUAAAGGUUUCUAUAGAAAAUGAAGAAUUAGUUCCUGCAACUUUUAAUAAACCAUCGAAUAAAUGGCACGAGGAUUAUGAUAAAAUGAUUAAGCCUUUAAUUCUUGAAAAUCAACCUGCAUAUAUCCUUUAUCGGCUUGAUACAAAAUCUACUGAUUCUGGUUACGAUUGGUUGUUUAUAUCUUGGUCACCUGACACUGCUCCAGUAAGACAAAAAAUGCUGUAUGCAUCCACAAAAGCUACUUUGAAACAAGAAUUUGGAACAGCUUGCAUUAAAGAAGAAUUGCAUGGAACUGUUCCCGAAGACAUUACAUUGGAAGGAUAUCACAAACAUAAAAAAAAUAAUGCAGCUCCUGCGCCUUUAACUACAGCGGAAGAAGAAUUAGCUGAAUUAAAAAAGACUACCGUUAAUACUGAUUACAACGUUGAAACAAGGCAUCAAACAUUGAGUGGUGUCGCAUUUCCUGUUACGGAUGAAGCUAAAAAAGCAAUUACAGAAUUUGCUAAAGGCAUGCAUGAAUAUGUUCAAUUAAAGAUUGAUAUAGAAGAAGAGAAAAUCCAUUUGGUCACAGCUUGUGAUGUUUCAUUGGAUAAAUUACCUACAAAAGUUCCAUCUGAUUCUGCUAGAUAUCAUCUUUAUAAUUUCAAACAUACAAAUGAAGGAGAUUAUAUGGAAUGCAUAGUUUUCAUAUAUAGCAUGCCGGGAUAUAGUUGCACUAUCAAAGAAAGAAUGUUGUAUUCUUCCUGUAAAGCUCCACUACUUGAUCUUAUUCAAUCUCUAGGAGUGAUUAUAACGAAAAAGUUGGAAGUAAAUAGUGGCGAGGAGUUGGCAGAUAUGUUGGAAGAUCCUCCAACCAUAAAAGAAACAACUACGAUAACGCCUGCAACUCCGUCAACACCUUGUGCGCCUACUCAGUCCAUGCCAGAGAAAAAGUCGAAACAGAAGAGAUCGUGUGUUUUAAGUUAACUGAUUUAUAGGGCCUUUUACUUGCCAAUCGUGUAUAUGCUUUACAUGAUCAGAAAUGAUUGUGAUGCUCAACGCAUAACAGUUUCGUUUAUAAAUUCUGAAUUUGUGAUAGUAUAACAUUGACGUUGAAUACAUUAUUAAAAUUAUAUAAUAUAAUACAAAUUCAGUAUGUCAUAGUGAAUUAUAAGAUCAUAUAUAUUCUACAUAUUUGGGGAAGUUUUAUCAUUUAAUGGUGUUUAUCAACGUUUAAUAUUACUUGAUCAUCGUGAUAUAUAUAAUUAUGUAGAAAAACAGAGUAGACUAAACUAUGUAUUUUUCUAAAUUUUAAAAAGAUAUUAUUGUAUCAAUACUCGUCAAAAUUAUAUAUAAUAAGUAUGACCACUCCAGUGAUGGGAGUGAAGUUAGUGAAUUGUUUUUAAUUCACAAUGAAGAUUUUUAAAUGGGUGGAAUCUUUUUAAAUAAAAUAACAAUGUUUUUAGAUUAAAUGAAUAAUGAAAAUGACGUGAUGGUAAAGACAUAUAUAUAUAUACAUAUAUAUAUAAUGUUUGGGAUAUGAAUAGUAUCUAUUAAUGUAUGAUGGUUCAGUAGUUCACAUUUUAGCAGAACUUCCAGAACUUAUCUAUCAUACAAAAUUUAAAUAAUAUUUAAGAAACAUUUCGAUUGUGUAAUGGUUAUUUUGUUCUUGUUAAUCAUGUACAAGGCUGUACAUUAAUAUCCCAUCACUAGGAGAACCAAUGAUAAAAAAAAUUUCAUAACGUAAAAUUCUUGUUGACUUAUGAAGGGUGUAUGAAUUAUCAUUCAUUUAAUAUUACAUCAUAUAUUUAAAUAUGACUGCUUAAUGUGGUUUAAUGUUGUUGAAAGUUAAGCCUUCAAUGAAAUAUUCAAAUAUUCAAUAAUUAAUAUUAAAAUUCAAACACUUUGAGAUUUAAUGAAGUAUAAUUAUUUCAUAAAACAAAAAUUGCAAUGUAAUAUUUAAGAUAUUGGUAUAAGAUUUUAAUUGAAUGCAAUAAGACAUUAACUUAAUAGUUCCUUUAAUAGUGAUUUUAUCUUUAUGUUCUAUAUAUUUUAUACAUUAUUAUUAAUAUUAUAAUUAUUAUUAUUAUUAUAAUUAUUAUUAUAUAUUUCUAGAAAAUGUGGAAAUCCAGCACAUCAAGUCUUGAUUUGUUCCUAGUCCUAAAAAUGGUGAUAUGUAUGUGUAUGUACAUAUACACAUACAGAUAUAUAAGUCUUCUUAUUUUAUUAUUAUAAAUUUAAUUUUUAUGAAAAUGGAAUAUAUUUUAAGGCUUGGCUUUCAAAUUCAUUAAAACUUUCAUAUAGAUUUUAGUAAAAUAUGUUAUCAUGAUUUUUGUAAAUGUUUUUGGUAAUCUAUAUAUCAUAUAUGAUUAUAAGAGAGUUAGAGAGUAAAUUCCAAUUGCUCCUGUUAGCAAAUGUUGCAGAAAUAAUUUCUCUGUGUCUUUUGAGCAUAGUAAUAGUAAAAUGACAGCUUCGUAAAUCAAUAAUGACAUAUAUUGUGAAUACAAUUUCUUUACAAAUUAUCACAUACAAUGUUAAUAAUAUAUUAUAUGCUCUACUAUUUCUAAACGACACAGAACAUUAAACUCCAUAAAUACAUGUAAAACAUAAGACUGAUAUUAGCAUGUCUCACCAGCUGUGUUGCUGAAAUUAAUAUUAACUAUUAUAUUUUACAUUCUGCUUUUAAAAUCGAAUAUACAUAUAUUGUCUAUUUAGGCAAUCAAUUCAAUUUUAAUAAUGUUAGAUCUGUUAUAAGCAUAAAACGUACAAAUUGCAAUUAUGCAUCUCUAAAAUAAAAUAUGCACAAUGUAUUUUUAUUAUCUAAACUACAAAAGAUUUAGACAUUAGCAUACGUAUAAUAUUUUUUGUAUCCAUUUGUAGAAUUAGUUUUAUCAAAAUGAAGUGAAUACAUGAUUCUGUUUUUUUUAUUUUUUUUUUACAUAUAUAUCAUUAUAAUAUGAGCCUAUCAUUAAUAUUUACUAUAGAUCUGCAUUGAUUAUAAAUUUUCUUUUUUUAAUCUAUGUAUAUGCUAAUGAAUAUUUUGUCAUUUAACUCGAAGACGAAAAUAAAUUGGUAUUUUAUAUUAUAUUAGUAUGUAGUCAAAUAUAUACAAAUUUGAUAUAUAUACUAUAUUUUUAGGAAUCUCCAAAUGUUAUAAAUACAUAAUAUACAGCUGGUGUGACUGUAAUUUCAUAGCUACAAAAUAUUCAAGAGUCAUUCUAUUUUUUGUGAUCUGUAUUUUUUUAUCUCUUGUAGCUUUUUAUAAACAUCUUAACGAUUUUUGUCUAAGGUAUAAUCAAAUGGCUGUAAUAAUUUGGCCAAAUUUUCGUGUUCAUAAUUAAAUGAAUGAGUCAAAUUCUUUAACUUUCCUUUUUUUUUAGUGAUAUUACAGUAGUACAAAAAUUUCACAGCAUAUUUAAAUUAUAUAUGAAAAAUAAAAUAGAAAACUUUACAGUAUAUAUGUUAAUUCCUUAUUUAUAGUAUAAUUGGUAUUUAUUGAAAAAUAAAAAUGGAAUUUAAAUUAUAGAUAUAUAAAAUAAGUAGUAAUAAUAUGCUGUGUCAUUCGCAUUCCAGAGGAUAUUAAAAGAGGAUUUGGCUCAUACACAUUUUAAUUUUACAAAAUUGAUAGCGAGUAAAUCAAUGCUUGUAUAAGCCUCUGAACAGGUGAUAUGUAUAUUUUAUUUUAGAUCUUUUUACAAUGCGCACUUUUGCCUGGAUAUAUAUAAUUUUAUUGACAUUACUAUAUACCAGGCCUAUUCUGUAAGUUUUUAAUAUUAUUAUUUUUUAAUUAUUUUAAAUACAUUAUACCCAUAGGUUCUUCAUGAUAAAAUAGACUAUAUAUCUUGCCAAUAUUACAUAUGGUACAGAAAUAAAGUAACAUGCAAUAUAAAU